CUUUUAUAUGGCUAUAAAUCCACUACCGAAAUAAAAAGAUUAUUUUUUAAGCGAACUUGACUUUAACAGUCGGAUUCUGUUGGAUUUUAUUAGAAAAGAAUACGAAUGUUAGUUAAUCUAAAGGGAUAAUCGCACCCGAAGGCAUGGUGGACCUUUAUGUGCUUACAGGAUCAGACAACAUAAAGUAGUAAGAAAACACACAACAACACAACACCCCCGGGUGUAGAUGAACUCGAAAAAGGUGUACAAUCGCAAAAUAAACAAAACAGUUUCAAUUAGGAAUAAAAAACAACAAAUCAUAUCAUGAUAUAAGAUCAGGAUAAGUGAUUAAAAUCUGGGGAUAUGUGGAUGGAAUGAACCUAAUAUAAACGCUAACCACAGAAAUAAAAUGUAAUUUCAUCACUCGAUCUUCAGAUGCUUCAUCUUUAUCACGGUAUCAAUGGAUCACAAAAUGCUUGAAAUUGUCGGACGCAGUAAAACAUGUUUCUUACUCAAAAGAGUUGCUUUUUUCUGUUCCUCAUUGUUUUCUUAAGCGCUCUGUCGUCAGUGGUCGCGUUAGGAGCUAAUAUCAUCUGCAAUAGGAUCCCCGGGCUUGCCCCUAAACAGAAGGAGAUUUGCCAACGUCGGCCCGAUACUAUCGUGGCCAUUGGGGAGGGCGCCAGACAAGGAAUCAGCGAGUGUCGCUGGCAGUUUAGAGGACGGCGUUGGAACUGUACUCAUCUGGGCAGUGAAAAAGCAACAUUCGGGCAUGUACAUAUAUUGGGAACAAAAGAGGCCGCGUAUACAUAUGCAGUAACUUCUGCCGGGGUGGCAUAUUCAAUCACCCAAGCCUGUAGCCAGGGCAACCUCUCCAGCUGUGGCUGCGACAGAAGCAAACUCGACGGGCAAUACUCCCCCAAAGGCUGGCGCUGGGGCGGAUGUAGUGCGGAUUUCCGCUAUGGACUUGAGUUCGCUCGCCAGUUUGUAGACGCCAGAGAGAUAGAGCACGAUGCCAGAUCCUUGAUGAACUUACAUAAUAACAGAGCGGGGAGAAAGGCAGUUAAAGACAGGAUGGGCACAGAAUGCAAGUGCCACGGGGUAUCAGGAGCUUGUACGAUAAAAACAUGUUGGACAACUUUACCUCGAUUCAGAGAAGUUGGAGACUUUCUAAUGAAGAAAUACAAGAAAUCCAAGCUAGCUAGACCCACAAAGGGAAAACGAGCAAAAACACCUAUUGUCUUACAAUUAAAAAGGUCCCGACGAACAAAUAAAAAACCCCGUAGAAGUGACCUGAUUUAUUUGGAUCGUUCCCCCAAUUAUUGUGAAUAUGACCCCGAUUUAGGGUCACUGGGGACAGUGGGACGAACGUGCAAUAGAACCUCCGUUGGGACGGAUGGUUGCGACUUAAUGUGUUGUGGACGAGGGUAUAACACGCAUCAGUUUACCCGGACUUGGCAGUGUAAUUGCAAGUUCCAUUGGUGCUGCACUGUCACAUGCCAAUCGUGCAGUGAACGGACGGAAGAAUACACUUGUAAAUAAUUCAACAUAUAUCUCCAUGGAGACAAGAUCAGUCACCAAACAACCGUUGCCAUAGUUACUUCAUCACAUUCAGCUUUUUUUUAAAAGGAGUUUCGUAGAAUGUCUAUGAUGUUAACUCAAAACAUACAUAGUGCCACUUAAAAAGGAAUAUAAGAUACACCUUGAAAAACUGCACAAAAACUACACAAAAACUGCAGAUCAUUAUUAGAUUAGUGCGUUUCUGGAAUAUACACUGUAAAUACUACUGUAUCAUAUAUAUAUAUAUUUGAUUAUAUAGUGUAUAUUAUAUUAUUAGUACACAUUGUACAAUGUAUUAUGCAAUAGGCCUCUAAACUUUAAAAUAUCUCAGAAAUUGUUUUAAGUGAAAUUGAAAAAUAUCAACUUUCAUCAGUUUGCAUUCGUGUAUACGUGCAAUAGGACAUACUCGAUGUUGAAAUCCCCAAAUCCAAUGAGAUCCCCUUAUAUUCUCUACAAAUACUAAAACCAUACGAAACACAAUAAAACCUCCCACAUUCCUGUCUCAGUUUGUCACCUUGAUGUAUUAACAAAUAUUAGUAAAUCUAUCAUUUGACAUAGUACCCUAAGCAUGACAGUAACAAAAGAAACGUUAUAAAGACCUGAUCAAGAGAUUUAUUUUAACAGAAAGCGAUUAGGUGAAAGUUUGUUUUUCUAAAUGAGUUUAGUGAAUCUGUUCAAUAAAUCGCGGUGUGGCAUGUUCAUAGACAAAUAUUAUCAAGUGUACACAAUGAAAACAAAAUUAACCUUAAAAUACAAAUACGAUUUUACUAUCCAGCCAGCCAGCCAGCUUGAAAUGAAUAUCACAUUAACGUGUCAUUGUCUUGAGACAACAGUCAAAAAUAUUUUUAAAUGAAUAAAAACAUAAAUUGUAUUAUCCUUUGUUUAUUGUCAAACGCUUGUUUUAUGUGUAGACCUUCAAUGUGCAUGAG